UUUGAUUUUGCCCGCCAAAAGUGAGACCCGAAAUCAGAGCUUAUGGUGUACUGCUUUCCGAUCGAUUUUUGGAUCAAAGGAAACGGGCGCUAAGGCCCCCCUCCAUUACUGCCAAUUCACUCACCCACCCACCCCCCUCACACUUCACCACCCAGAUCACUACCCACCCCUCUCGCUUACUACAAAUACCGCCCCCCACCCACCUCCUCCAUCCUUCUUACAUCUCCCCAAUCCCGUCGACACCUUACUACUUCUAUCAUCGACAACCAUCCACAACUUUAUCUUUCCAUCUCAAGUCGACUUAAUUCAUCAAACCUAAACAUCUAAAAUGGCUAGAACCAAGCAGACUGCCCGUAAGUCCACUGGUGGCAAGGCUCCCCGUAAGCAGCUCGCUUCCAAGGCUGCCCGCAAGGCCGCUCCCUCCACCGGCGGUGUCAAGAAGCCUCACCGUUACAAGCCCGGUACCGUUGCUCUCCGUGAAAUCCGUCGCUACCAGAAGAGCACUGAGCUCCUCAUCCGCAAGCUCCCCUUCCAGCGUCUGGUCCGUGAAAUCGCCCAGGACUUCAAGUCCGACCUCCGCUUCCAGUCCUCUGCCAUCGGUGCUCUCCAGGAGUCCGUUGAGGCCUACCUCGUCUCCCUCUUUGAGGACACCAACUUGUGCGCCAUCCACGCCAAGCGUGUCACCAUCCAGUCCAAGGACAUCCAGCUUGCCCGCCGUCUCCGCGGUGAGCGCUCCUAGAUUCAUUUAAUCUUCGAAUGAGUCUAUCUCUGCAACUGGUUGGCUCUUUUAUGGGAUGGCGAUAACGGGGUUUCUUUCUUUGCUUAUUUCAUGACUACUGGCGAUACAUGAUGGGUUUCUUCUUUUGCGAAUUUC